AUGGGAAGCUGGUUCACUUGUGUGAAAAGACUCUUUACACCAACCCCAAAUCCAAAUAAAUAUCAAGAGAAACGCAGAAGGUUGAAAUUCAGACGGCGGCGUUGCGAUCCGGCGGCGCAAGGCCCACCGCGGCGGACGCUGCGCGAGGCGGCAGAUGAGCAGCGCAAGCAGGCGGUGGCCGUCGCGGUCGCCACCGCCGCCGCAGCGGACGCGGCUGUGGCGGCGGCGAACGCGGCGGUCGAGGUCGUCCGGCUGACGAACGCGCCGUACGAGGUCGGGAAGACGAGGAUUUUCCACGUCGCCGCCGCCGCCGCCGCCAGAAUCCAGACGGCUUACAGAGGACACCUCGCAAGAAAAGCAUUGAGUGCACUAAAAGGGAUAGUGAAGCUUCAAGCCGUGGUCCGAGGUGAGCUCGUGAGGAAAAAAAUCUUGAAAAAGUUGGCAUACAUUUCUCUAUUCUCAAAGGCCCGACCAUUGUUAGACCUGCAUCGAGCGAGAGUUCGACCGAUGGUUGAUAAUCUUUGUCAUAUGAAAAGGAGGCAUAGCUUUGUCGUAAAUGAAGGCUUCAAAUCCAAAGAAUUUAAGCUUCACUGUAACACCCACCGGAGUUUGGAUUUGAGCUUUGUCUCGAAUGAAGCCACUGCUAAAAGGGAGUGCAUGAGGCAAUGUUCGUUCUCUCAUCGGGAGAGGAGAAAUGAUCAAAAUCUGCAAGAACAGACGAGCCUCAAACGAAACACGAGCAUUCAUUUGCUUCAACAUGAGGUUCAUAAUCAACUAGAAAAAACAGAGAAUUUAUUAAAGCCCAUGUCACGUUCGACUUCCAUGACAAUCGACUCAACUAGGCUAGCACAGCUGAAAUUGAGAAAACACGAAAUUGCAGAGGGAUUGAACUCGCCAUCUUCACAGUCGAGGAGGUCUUUUUGCCACAUAAGUCGCAACAAAUCGAUCUCAGAUUAUGGAUCUUUGCCAAAUUCGCCGGUUUUUCCAGCUUACAUGGCAGCCACAGAAUCUACCAAGGCAAAAUCGAGAUCGUUUAGCACCCCAAGGCAAAGGCUGAGGCUAUGCGAAUCGUAUGCGGGCCCGUAUUCUCUGCACAAGCUCGGCCUUUCUUCUUGUGGGUCGUUUAAUGGCGAAACAAUACCCAAGAAUGAGAAAACAAACUGCAACGUUUAG